CAGGUGAUUGGCUCAAAACGAGGGAGGAGAACCCAGGCCUGCGCGAAGGACGGGGAAGGACGGUGCGGUUCCCAGCGCCCGCAGCUAUGGCUCUGCCUCUGAGGUCCCUGCGUAGGGGCUUCGCCAGCGCAGCCAAAGGAGAGCACGGAGGGACAGGAGCGCGCACCUGGCGCACCCUCACCUUCGUGCUGGCGCUCCCCAGCGUGGCCCUCUGCACGCUCAACUCCUGGCUCCACUCGGGCCACCACGAGCGCCCCGAAUUCAUCCCCUACCACCACCUGCGCAUCCGCACCAAGCCCUACUGCUGGGGGGACGGCAACCACACUCUGUUCCACAAUCCCCGCGUGAACCCUCUGCCCACGGGCUACGAAGACUCCUGAGACCCCCGGCGGACCACCGCCGGCCAGCGCAAUAAAGGCGUGCAAGUUCUGGAA